CGGGCUGCGCCUGUCACACCCCGCGGCUUGUUGCGGAGGAGGAGCGGGCGCCAUGGCGGUUCUGCUGGAAACCACUUUGGGCGACGUCGUCAUCGAUCUGUACACCGAGGAGCGGCCGCGCGCCUGCUUGAAUUUCCUAAAGUUGUGCAAGAUAAAAUAUUAUAAUUAUUGUCUUAUUCACAAUGUACAGAGGGAUUUUAUCAUACAAACUGGUGAUCCCACAGGGACUGGCCGUGGAGGAGAAUCUGUUUUUGGUCAACUGUAUGGUGAUCAAGCAAGCUUUUUUGAGGCUGAAAAAGUGCCAAGAAUUAAGCACAAGAAGAAAGGCACUGUGUCCAUGGUGAACAAUGGAAGUGAUCAACAUGGAUCUCAGUUUCUUAUUACUACAGGAGAUAAUCUAGAUUACCUUGAUGGUGUUCAUACAGUGUUUGGUGAGGUGACAGAAGGCAUGGACAUAAUUAAGAAAAUUAAUGAGACUUUUGUUGACAAGGACUUUGUACCAUAUCAAGAUAUCAGGAUAAAUCAUACAGUGAUUUUAGAUGAUCCGUUUGAUGACCCUCCUGAUUUAUUAAUUCCUGAUCGAUCACCAGAACCUACGAGGGAACAGCUAGAUAGUGGUCGAAUAGGAGCAGAUGAAGAAAUUGAUGAUUUCAAAGGAAGAUCAGCUGAAGAAGUAGAAGAAAUAAAGGCAGAAAAAGAGGCCAAAACUCAAGCCAUUCUAUUAGAAAUGGUUGGAGACCUACCUGAUGCAGAUAUUAAACCUCCAGAAAACGUGCUAUUUGUGUGUAAAUUGAAUCCAGUGACUACUGAUGAAGAUCUGGAGAUAAUAUUCUCAAGAUUUGGGCCAAUAAGAAGUUGUGAAGUUAUUCGAGAUUGGAAGACAGGAGAAUCCCUCUGUUAUGCUUUUAUCGAAUUUGAAAAGGAAGAAGAUUGUGAGAAAGCAUUCUUCAAAAUGGACAAUGUACUUAUAGAUGACAGAAGAAUACAUGUGGAUUUUAGCCAGUCUGUUGCAAAGGUUAAAUGGAAAGGAAAAGGUGGGAAAUACACCAAGAGUGAUUUCAAGGAGUAUGAAAAGGAACAGGAUAAAUCAUCUAAUUUAGUCCUGAAGGAUAAAGUAAAGCCCAAGCAGGAUGCAAAAUAUGAUCUUAUACUGGAUGAGCAAGCAGAAGAUUCAAAAUCCAGUCACUCACACACAAGUAAAAAACACAAGAAGAAAACUCGUCACUGCUCUGAAGAAAAAGAAGAUGAGGACUAUAUGCCAAUUAGAAAUACUAAUCAGGAUAUCUACAGAGAAAUGGGGUUUGGUCACUAUGAGGAAGAAGAGAGCUGCUGGGAGAAACAAAAGAGUGAAAAGAGAGACCGACCUCAAAACCGAAGUCGUAGCCGAUCUCGAGAAAGGGACGGCCACUACAGUAACAGUCAUAAAUCCAAAUACCAAACUGACCCCUACGAAAGAGAACGGAGUAAAAAGAGAGACCGAAGCAGGAGUCCCAAGAAAUCCAAAGAUAAAGAAAAAUCUAAGUACAGAUGAAAGAUGAAGAAUCAGACAUGAGUGGCUAAUGUAAUUAUUAUUGUCUAACUUACAGCACCAGAUAUUCAGAUUUUGUGUCAAAGCAGUUAAAGACUCUGUUAUUUUUUUUCCCCCACUAGGGUCAUGGCCCUUUUUGAUUGACACUGAUGGUAUAGGGCACAGAAAGACAAUAAAAACCUGAACAUUUUCUUUGUAUACUUUUUUUACACUAAAUUUUAUUGUUAUACAUAAACAGUAGUGUUCAUUUUUAAAGUCUUUCACAUUUUCCACUCUUUUUUAAAUUAAGUAUUUCAUACCUACAGAAAUUCACAGACAUGUAUAUAUAUGGCAUAAAGAAUAGUAAAUAUUUGUGUACCCAUGAGCCUGCUGUAGAAAUAGAGUAUCCCCUGCAUUUUAGAGACUCUCUAUGUGCUCUUUCCUCAAGUGAUGAUUAUGCUGAAUUUUGUAUUUGUCCUUCUUUUGCUUGUUAUAGUUUUACAACAUAUGUAUGUAUUCCUAAAUAAAAUGUUAAAUUUUGUAUGUUUUUGAAUUUUAUAUAAAUGACAUAAUGUAUGUUUACUUCUGUGACUUUCUUUUUUUUGACUUAGUAUUUUUAGAGUCAUUCAUUUUUAUUGCUUUGUAGUAUUGUAUGAAUAGACCACAAUAUAUCCAUUCUUCUGUUCAUGGACAUUGGGAUUGUUGGUUUGUUUUUGGUUUUGUUAUUACAAACAGUGCUGCUAUGAACAUUCUGUAUCUAGGAGUGAUCUUGCUUGCUCACAUGGUAUGGAUAUCUUCAUCUUUACAAGGUAAUGCCAAAUUAUAUUCUGCAGUGGCCAAACCAGUUUAUACCCCGACCAGCGCUAUGUGAGUUACUUUUGUUUCACAUCAUCUCUACCACUUCUUAGUUUUAGACUUUUAAUUUUUGCCAAUUUAGUGGAUGCUUAGUGUGGUACCUUCUUGUGGUUUCCAGCAAGAAGACUACUAUUAUUUUUAUAUUUAUACUUCUGUAUGUAGCUUGUUCUUUUUCUCUGGCUGCUUUUAAGGUUUUCUCUUUAUCACUGCUGUUAGGCAAUUUGAUUAUGAUGUACUUGCUGUAGUUUGUUUUCAUGUUUCUUUUGCUGGGGCUGUUUACCUGUGGGUUUAUGGUUUUCACCAAAUUUGGAAAAGCUGUGGGUAUUACUUUUUUCUGUCCCACCCCUCCUCUUACCCUCUCCUAAGACUCCAGUGACUUGUAUAUUGGGCCAUUUGAAAUUGUCACACAUUGCACCAAUGCUCCUUUUGGGUGAAAUCUUUUUCUCUGUUCUGUGUUGAAUAGUUUUCAUUGCUGUGUCCUCAAGUUCAUUAAUCUUUUCUCCUGAAGUAUCUAAUUUAUGUUAAUCCCAUCCAGUGUAUUUUUUACCUUCGAUGUAAUUUUUUUAAUUUUAGAAGUUCCAUUUGAGUCUUUUUUAUGUCUCCCGUGCCUUUCCUUUUAACAGGCUCAUGUUUUCCUCCAUUUUUUUUUUUUUUUAAAACACCUUGGAGUCAUUAAUCAUAGCUGUUCUAUUGUACUUGACCAUUCUGUCAUCUGUGUCAUUUCUGGUCUGUUUCUAUUGUUUGAUGUUUUUUUCCCCCUCCUGUUACUGAGUUGUAAUUUACUUUGCAGGCCUGGUAAUUUUUGGAUUUUACAUUGUCGUGUACUAGAGUUUUUGUAUUCCUUUAAAUAUGUUGAGUUUUUUUCUAGAACAUAAUUAAGUUACUUGGAUACAGUCUGAUUCUUUCAUAGCUUACUUUUAAGUUGAAUGAGGUCAGACCAGAAGAGCUUGUAGGGCUAAUUUGGCUCACCACUGAGGUUAAUACCCUUCUGAAUAAUCUCCCCUAUGCUUAAUCUCAUCUGAGAUUUCUCCUCUUUGGCUGUUGGGAACAAGAAUUAUUUUGAGCCCUAUCUGAACUCCUAGGCUGUGCUGCUUGUUCUUUUCUGGUGUUUUUUUCCCACUUUUGGGUGGUUUCCUCAUGUGUAUACACUGAUGAGUAUUCAGCUGAAGACUCAGACAAACCCUCUGUAGAUCCAGAGCUCUCCCUCUGUAGUUCCCUCCUCUUUACAGUACUCUGCCCUACAAACUUUAUCUGGACUCCCCCCACCCCCACCCCCAGACUCCCAGGCUCUUCAGAU